AUGGGGGACGUGCGCGUGAGGGACUUGGCACAGCUUCUCAGACUCCUCACGUUGGCUUUUGUGGAGAAUUUGCCUUUUAUCACAACAAUCGCUGAAAAUGCAGCUUUGACAAGAUAUGAUGCCAUCAAAAAGAGCGGAGCGGGGUCUGAUGUCGGAGGCAUCAACUUCCUGCAGCUAGUGUUCUCGGUGUCCGGCAGAAUUUGGGAACUGCAGGUGCAAGCUGCGUAUGCGUUUAAUGCUGCUGCCAUUGGACAGCUUGUUGCGGAUCCUUGCGCCAGCAACCCUUGUCACCAUGGCAACUGCAGCAGCAGCAGCAGCAGCAGCAGCAAUGGCUACCUCUGCCUUUGCAAUGAUGGCUUUGAAGGUCCAAACUGUGAGCAGGCACUUCCCAGUGUACCAGCCUCUGGCUGGACCGAGUCCGUGGCGCCCAGACAGCUUCAGCCUGUCCCAGCUACCCAAGAGCCUGACGUCAUCCUGCCCCUCUCUCAGGCGACCGUGACCCUGCCGACAUGGCAGCCAAAAACGGGGCAGAAAGUGGUAGAAAUGAAAUGGGAUCAAGUGGAGGUGAUUCCAGAUAUUGCCUGUGGGAACGCUAGUUCUAAUAGCUCAGCGGGUGGCCGCCUGGCAUCCUUUGAGGUGCCACAGAACACCUCAGUCAAAAUUCGGCAAGAUGCCACCGCCUCGCUGAUUUUGCUGUGGAAGGUCACGGCCACAGGGUUCCAACAGUGCUCCCUCAUAGAUGGCAGGAGCGUGACCCUCCUCCAAGCCCCCGGGGGCCUCGUCCUGUUGGAGGAGAUGCUCGCCUUGGGACAGAAUCACUUCAUCGGUUUCGUGAAUGAUUCUGUCACUAAAUCGAUCGUGGCUUUGCGCUUGACCGUGGUGGUGAAGGCCAGCACCUGCGUGCCGGGAGCGAGCCAUGCCAGUGACGUGGAGUGUUCAGGAAGAGGAAGAUGCACCACGAAGCCAUCAGAGGCGACUUUCUCCUGUCACUGUGAUGAGCCGUAUGUCGGAACUUUCUGUGAAGAGUUCGAUGCCUGCCAGAGAAAACCCUGCCAGAACAGCGCGAGCUGCGUGGAUGCGAAGGAACAGCAAGAUGGGAGCAAUUUCACCUGCGUCUGCCUUGCAGGUUACACCGGAGAGCUUUGCCAAUCCAAGAUUGAUUAUUGUAUCCUAGACUCAUGCAGAAACGGAGCAACGUGCAUAUCUAAUCUCAGUGGAUUCACCUGCCAGUGUCCUGAAGGGUACUUCGGCUCCACCUGCGAAGAGAAGGUGGACCCGUGCGCCUCGUCGCCGUGCCAGAACAACGCGAGCUGCUUCGCGGACGGGGUGCGCUUCAGCUGUGGCUGCAGCGCCGGCUUCACGGGGCCCACCUGUGCCCAGCUGGUUGACUUCUGCGCCCUGAGCCCCUGCGCUCACGGCACCUGCCGCAGCGUGGGCACCAGCUACAAAUGCCUCUGUGACCCAGGUUACCACGGCCUGUACUGUGAGGAGGAAUACAACGAGUGUCUCUCUGCUCCGUGCCUGAACGCUGCCACCUGUCGGGACCUUGUCAACGGCUAUGAGUGUGUAUGCCUGGCAGAAUAUAAAGGAGCACACUGUGAGUCGUACAAGGACCCCUGCGCUAAUGUCAGCUGUCUGCACGGAGGCACCUGUGACAGCGAGGGCCUGAACGGCACGUGUGUCUGCGCGCCAGGGUUCACAGGCGAAGAGUGUGACAUUGACAUCAACGAAUGUGACAGUAACCCCUGCCACCAUGCCGGCACCUGCCUGGACCAGUCCAAUGGUUAUACCUGCCACUGCCCACACGGCUGGGUGGGAGCAAACUGUGAAAUCCACCUCCAGUGGAAGUCCGGGCACAUGGCGGAGAGCCUCACCAACAUGCCCCGGCACUCGCUCUACAUCAUCAUCGGGGCCCUGUGCGUCGCCUUCGUCCUCAUGCUGAUCAUCCUGAUCGUGGGGAUCUGCCGCAUCAGCCGCAUCGAGUACCAGGGCUCUUCCAGGCCGGCCUACGAGGAGUUCUACAGCUGCCGCAGCAUCGACAGCGAGUUCAGCAACGCCCUCGCCUCCAUCCGGCACGCCAGGUUUGGAAAGAAAGCCCGGCCUGCGAUGUAUGACGUGACCCCCAUAGCCUACGAGGAUUACAGCCCGGAUGACAAACCCUUGGUCACACUGAUUAAAACAAAAGAUUUGUAAUCAUUUUUUGGGGAUUAUUUUUCAAAAAGAUGGGGUACCACCCUCAUUUAAAUAUUUUUAAGAAAAUAAAAAGCUUAAGAAAUUGAAAAUGUUAGCUGCUCAAGAGUUUUCAGUAGACUAUUUAAGAACUAAUUUUCUGCAGCUUUUAGUUUGGAAAAAAAAAUAUUUUAAAAACAGAAUUUGAGGAGUCCAUAGACUACAUUUUAAUGUACUUUCGGCUCUCUAAAACCUAUGCUGCAACUAGUGUGUGGUCUUUUCAUGGUAGACAGUGUCAUGACACCCAGAUUAAUUUCUGUGGCUGGUGCAGAGUAAGUCUAAUCAACGGUAAGUUUCAGUUUGAUAUGCCAGUGCUGGCUUUCUGAGUAGAGUUAGGAAACCAUGUAGAGUAUGAUGCAUAGAACAAUAUACCCGUUACUUAAAAAAGAAGUCUGAAGUGUUUUGUUUUGUGAAAAAGAAGCUAGUUAAAUUUAUUAUUCCUAACCUGAAUGAAAUUAGCCUCUGCCUUAUUCUGUGCAUGGGUAAGUAGCUUGUUUCUGCACUGUUUUGUUGAACCUUGCGAAAACACCGUUUCGGUUCGUUUUUGUCGUUUUCAGUCUUCUAGCUAGGCCUUGAAAACGUGCGUAACGAAAGGGCCUAGCGAAGCAAGUCAUGAUCGAAUUGAAUCUAUAUUUUCUUUAACAAGUCGAGGGGUUUAUAUCGUGAGUAAGUUAAAUUUACGUCGGUGUUAGUCGCUAAGAGGUAGUAAACGUAAGAGAGUCCUGGUUCCUUCGGUAGUGAGUAUUUCUCAUAGUGCAUCUUUAUUUAUACCCGGGACAUUUUUUGUGGCUGUAUUUGAUUGAUAUGUGCUUCUUCUGAUUCUUGCUAAUUUCAAAGAAUAUUGAAUAAAUGUUACCAAGUCAAGGA